CAUUCCAACAAAAUAAUAUCUUCAUUAUAAUUUAUUAUUAAAAGAGUAUAAUAUCGAGGAAAUUUGAUUCUAUCGCAGAUGUAACUUAUAGAAAGAUAUGAAGUUCUCUUUUUUUUUUUUUUAUUUCAUACUCGUAAAAAUAUGUGUAGUCGAGACAAGAUUAAAGGAGAUGUGCGAUGAAGGAUAAAGUCAGGAACUCAUUAAUCAUAGAACUCGAGCCGUAGUAAGAGGUCGUUAUUAUUUAUGGGGUUACCCGAAAAGAAACGUUUAAAGAGAACGGAAGUAAGUUUAAAAAGGAUAAUACGCAUAAUAAGCUUGGGAAAUAUUAUUUUUCUUUGAUCUAUCUGAGUCAACAUUGAAAAUAUUUUUUAAUGUAAUUAACGUAAUAUCUCGUUUACACCUUUCAAGAAUAUUAUAUACGUGAAUUUAUUAUAAGUAUACGUGGUAAACAAAGAUCAUGAGCCGUGUAACAUAUGAAAUAUUAUCUGUUCAAGUUACUUCAACAGAUAUUGAUACUUAAUACGAGUCGUCAUCACUUGAUCGACCAAGUCUUGACAAAUUUCUACGUACGUGGUAUCGAAUUACAGUUUUAUGCUGAUACAUGUAUCAGAUGUUUCGAGACAUUUACUUUUUAAACGUAUAAGUAAUGAUACGAGAACGUGUACGUAAGAGUGUACGUAAGAGACUUUUGAUAAACUAGAAAUACCUGUAAAGUGAAGAAAAUACGAUAAAAGUUAUCAUCGAUCGAGAAUAGCUACAUCAUAGUUAUUUGAGACUAUGCUGGAUUUAGUAAACUGAGGUCAAACUGUGGUGCAUUAACCUCGAUUGAGCUUAAUUAAGAGAAAUUAACAGACACCCGGUACUAAGCGUCCCCUCGUAGCAAAAAACACGUCGAAACUCAUGGGAGACAUGAGAACGCGCGGAUAUGUCCCUUAACUCGAACAUUUUUAUCCUUUUGACACGAGACCGUGCAUGGUGACGACCGUACUCAGCUUUAUGGCAGUUGUAAUACUAGAAAAAAAGAUACGCGCGCAUAUGGUCUUAAGAAUUAUCUAUGGGAAUGUAACGUAAAGUAGAUCAAUUCGUAAUCAAUGGUAAUAUAAAGUAUUUUUAUUAUGAAUUAUUGAAAUUCGACAAAGAUUUUCUAUUAAAUUGUUUAGCGCGUUUAUCGUAUCAGUGGACAUUUCUUGAGAUUGAAUGGUACAGAAAGGCAAAGUAAUCCGAUUGUUUAAUCGUCAACGCCCUGUCCACGCGCGGCAAUUUAGAUAAGAAACUUCUACGACAGUGUCAUUGGACGAUUAGCAACAUUAUGGUCGUUUGUGGUCUUUGUAAGUGUUCCAUGAACAUGAGAGCAGUUUUCUUUGCUCGAUGACGUUUGCGUUAACCACUGCGUGCUCUCUGCGGCAAGUCGGUACUCGUCUAAUAGAAGUGACAAAACGAACAAUUCAUUGGAGUGUCCUAUAUAAUACCGACCUCAGUAUUGUAAAUAGCUUCUGAAAAGAUGAAAAGAAAAAUGAAUUCACGCUUUGCUAGAGAUCUCUUAUUGCGAGAAUGUUCACGCAUUUUCAUGAUUGGACAAGGUCAAAGCUAGGAGAUCAAAACACUUGUAUGUUUCACAAUCGUAUAAUGACAAAACCACAAGUCUACCGGUUCGUUAACGAGGACGAUUCACAAGGACUCAGUAGGAACCGCAAGGAACUACGGCGGAAUAGGACGGACGUCACGUUUGCAUUCUACGGAAUUCAUAGCCUGACGUCACUCAAUGAUUUCCGAGUUAAUCACGCAGCGAAUGGCAAUGAAUGAGUCAACUUGACUCACGGUGAAAGUACCUCUGAUAGUUUAUCCGAGUCUUGGAUGGCGAAAAUAGAUCUCUCUCUCUUCGUUUCUGAUGCCCCGUUGAGAGAAAAAAAGAGAACGAUUCCAGCUCCUGUGAAAGAUGAACGAAAGAGAGAGCGAGAUUUAACGAGGGGAGCAAACAGAUCUACGAGCAACCCAUAUGAAAGUGUAUAUUUGAUCUUUUACAAGAGCUAACGAUACAAACAAAUUCUAAUUACGAUAUGUUCUCAUCGGAGCUUUUGUAAGCUACGCAUUACCACCAUUAUAAUGUGCCUAGGUAUAGAAAAAAGUAUGCUGGAAUAUUGGAUGAUAAGCAACAAUAGCGAUUUGAAGAGGAGCAAUGUAACGAUCGAACAGGUCCUACAGGAUCCAGGAUCAGUGGUUCUCUUUAUCGGUUAUCCAUCAUGGCUUUUGUACUUUGCCGCUGGCUGUUGUAUUCUCUUUAUGCUCAUUGGCAUUCCAGGGAAUCUUAUCACCGUGGCUGCUCUCUUUCGUACCAAGAAGUUGAAGAACGCCACUACGAUAUUCAUCAUGAAUUUAUCAUUUUCGGAUCUAAUGUUUUGCUGUUUUAAUUUACCACUCGCCACUUCAACUUUUUGGCAUAGAUAUUGGUUACAUGGAACACUCUUGUGUCGUCUAUUUCCAUUACUAAGAUACGGUCUUGUCGCUGUCAGUCUUUUUACCGUUUUGACAAUUACAAUUAAUCGUUACGUUAUGAUUGGACAUCCCAGACUCUAUCCAAAACUUUACAAAACGAAAUAUUUGAUACCAAUGAUUUUGGCAACGUGGAUCCUUGGUUUUAGUUUUUUAAUCGUCACGUGGUUCGGUCAUUGGGGUCGUUUUGGUUUAGACACUGCAAUAGGUUCCUGUUCAAUUCUUCCGGAUGUACAUGGCCGAAAUCCAAAGGAAUUCCUCUUCGUCAUAGCAUUUUUAAUUCCCUGCAUAGCAAUCGUUGUAUGUUAUGCUAGAAUUUUUUACAUCGUUCGUAAGACAGCAUCGAAAAGUCGUAGACGAGAUCAAAUUUCUCCCACGAUCGACGAAGGAGACAGGAAUCGCGAGCAACGAUCGGUUACACCGAGAUAUCAAGAGGAAGAAUCGUCCAUAGUUGGUUCGAGUUGCGUUGCCAGUGGACUAUGCGUUUCCUUUUCUAAUCGUCCAACGAAGGAAGAACAAAUUUCGCAAAUUUUUCGAGUCAAGACUUACGAAGAGUCGUCCUUGGGAAAUCCACCAUCGUCCGAACAGGACUCAUCGAGAGACGAAGAAAAUGAUUUGCAAGAGGAAAGUUCUAUUGGUCUCGAUCCUUCUCCACAAGACAACGAUAAAAUAGCAUAUAAAGUGAUCGAGGAUAUACCGUUUGCGGAUGAUCGUAACGCCGAUAUUGGCGAUACCAAUACAUUUUUGAGUAUUCAUCCAAACAAGACCAAAGAUUUAACUGGAAAAGCGAGUUUUAAUAGCAAAAAAAGAUUGGAAAGAAUGGCAAGCCGUGCUUCGUUUGUAGUCGAGCCAACACUUUGGAUCGAAAGAAUUACUGAAUCCGGGACGCGAUUGGAACGUUCGGAAACGUUUGCUAGUUCAAGAUCGAUUACUCCUGAUCGUCGUCCCAAAACUAAAGCUAACAAUCAAAUAUAUCGACGAGAAUCCAAAUUCAAGAGUCUUGGUAGAUUUCGUAGUAUGGAUAAUGGACCAAGGAUGUCGAGGAAAGAUAAAAAACUCUUGAAGAUGAUACUCGUUAUAUUUGCAUCCUUUUUAAUCUGUUAUUUACCAAUCACCAUCACGAAACUUUUUAAAGAGGCUGAAAAUUGGAUGGGUCUCAACAUAGCUGGAUAUAUUUUAAUUUAUUUAACAACAUGCAUCAAUCCCGUUGUUUACGUUGUUAUGAGUUCCGAAUACAGAAGUGCAUAUAAAAAUAUGUUACUCUGUAGGAACGAGUCUGUAUCUUCCGCGAAGAUGAAAAUUUCUCAUAGAAUUGCUAGAAAAGCAUCUACGUGAAUGUUAUGAAUAUAAAAUAAAACAAAACUUACUUGAAAAAUAAUAUGCGUGCGCGUGUAUAUGAUAAUGGUGCAGCAUAAGUCGUGUCUAAGAAUAUUUUGAAGGACGGAAGGGUGCUAUGGCCUUAUCACAGGUGUACCUUAAAUCAUUCAAUUUAAAAUGUUACAGAGUGCAAUAUUAAAAAUAAAAGACAGUGUUGUAGU